ACCAUCACCGGAGCUCCGACAUGACCACAAAAGACUGUGGUGCUCACCACAGCCACUCAUCAUCAUGCAACCGUAAAAUCAUCCGCCGUGUAAUCCGGCCAAUAAUAAUAAUCCUCUUCUUAAUCUUUCUCGUAAUUUUCCUACUUUGGGCAAUCCUUCAACCAUCAAAACCACGCUUUAUCCUUCAAGACGCCACCGUCAUCAACUUCAACGUCUCCGGAAAUCCACCGAAAUUCCUCACCUCAAGUUUCCAAAUCACUCUCUCCUCUCGUAACCCUAACGACAAGUUCGAAAUCUACUACGACCGCCUUGACGUCUACGCUUCUUACGGGAACCAACUGAUCACUUCUGCGACUGCCAUGCCUACGACUUAUCAAGGACAUAAAGAAGUUUUUUGGUCUCCUUAUGUCGGUGGAAACUCCGUUCCCGUCGCUCCGUCCAACGCCGUGAAUCUCGAGCAGGCCCAUUCACUUGGCGCGAUCAAUUUGAUGCUUCAUCUUAACGGCAAAGUUCGUUGGAAAGUCGGUACCUUCAUCACCGGAAAAUAUCAUCUCCACGUUAGAUGCCCGGCGUUUAUCAACUUCGGCAAUUGUUCUGCCGGAGUGAAGCAACAACAGAACGAGACCUCAUGUCUCUUAUCUUUGGGCUUUAACUCCUUUUUAGCUUAUGUUCUGUAUUGGGCUUUCUUCAUACUUUUGUCCGUUUUAGUAGGGGUGGUCAUUUCGGUUUAAUUUCGGGUUCGGUUCUGUUUAUUCGGUUUUACUUCUUUUCUAUGCUAGGGUUUUCUGGUUUUCUCAAAUCUCAACUAUUUAAAGCUUUGUAUGAUUCAUUAUUCACUUAUUAGUUUUUGAUUAAUAAAGAAUAAGAUUUUUU